GAGUAGAAUUCGUAGUAGCGUGAUGGUUACUGUUUCCGCCAUUCAUACAGCAAGCACACAGAACAACAUGGCUGCAGUAGGCAGCUUAGUGAACAGUUUGACUUCUCUUUGGAGACAGCAGUGUGCCCGUACUUGUUUACCGCAUUUGUUCGUUUGUAUUUCGUUUACAGGAUCGAUUUUGAAACCGACGGGCCUCGUGCCAGAGAGCUACUUCAGUAACAGCAGAAAUGUUUUAAAUCUAUAUUUUGUGAAAGUUUCUUGGGGAUGGACCAUUAUUCUACUUCUGCCUUUCAUCUUUUACUCCAACCUUUACAAUAGAAGCCACACAUUUAUGUUGAGGCGUCUGACGUCAUUACUGGUGGCAACAUUCAUUUGGUACACCUGCACUGGCACUUUUUUCUACAUUGAAGAUAUAACCGGUUCGUGCUAUGCGUCAGACACAAUGCAAGUUAUUCAUGGUGAGAUUACCACAAAGGCGGCGUGCAGAAAGGCCGGAUUCAUCUGGGAUGGUUUUGACAUAUCGGGACACUCCUUCAUCUUGACUUACUCUUCUCUUGUGAUUGUGGAGGAAAUGGUGCCAAUGUUACACAUACCACAGAGUCACAGAAACAUCUGUCUUGAUUGUCUUUAUAUAGCACUCAAUGCGAUUGUGGCUAUCUGGAUAUGGAUGUUCGGAUGCACUUCUGUGUAUUUCCAUGAUAUUAUUGACAAGGUUAUAGGGACGUUGUGUGGGAUAUUAGGGUGGUACUUGACUUACGUUGUUUGGUACCCAAUGCCUUUUUCUCCAGGUCUCCCUCCACAGCAAAAACAACAUGCUUAGUGUGAGAACUAAAUGCAACAAGUGCACUACAACAAGCUUCACGUAUCUUUUGUGAGAUCAGUGACAGGUUAGCCGUCCAAGUGAGGCGGCCAGAAGCUGGUGUUCCUAAAAUGACAAUCUGUAAUCUCACAUCUGACCCUUAUUGUUGCCUUGAAACAUUUUGUGGCUUCAGACAGAACUGGAAUAGUAAACCUGACAAUAAAUGUAGCUUAUACAGUAGUCUGCUGCUGCUUUUUGUAAUAAAAAUUCAACCAUCAGCUGAGCUGCCUUUUUACAGUAACAGUUGCUCAUGACACUAAUAUUUUAAAUAUUUGUAAUUGGCCUAUAUAUUGGUUUUAAACAAAAACAUGAAAUCUGAAAAAUGAGGUCGUAGAAUUAUUGUGAGAUGCAUUUGUGUAUAUUAUAUAUUUGCAUUGUGUUUUAGUAGGACCAUUUUAUAUGCUCUGUUGUUCACUCAUCAUACAUGCCAUUGUUAGAUUAGUCAUUUGUAGUUGUUGUUAUUCCUCGUGUCACUGAUGAAUGUUAAGAGUAAUCAGUUUGUCAAAAGAAAACGGACACCACCUAUUCUUAGACUAAAAUAUACUGUUUAAAAUAUUAUAAGACUGGAUUGAUGCUUGAACUAUACAGUCAAAUAAAUAUUUGUCUGAUUAGAAGUAUUUUUUACUGGUUUGAGGAUCAAUGCAAAUUAAUUAUAUGUAAAUUAAUUAUAAAAUACAAACGGUGGGACCUGCUGGUCAUGGAGAACAAAUCCAUUUAACAUUUACACCAAUUAACAUGAUGUUAGACAAUUAUCAUUGCAAUUAUGCUUAAUACAUCAGUAUUCCAAAGAAAGCAAAACGCAACAUGUUUUUAUGUUGAGAUAUUGUACUGUAUGACAGAGUUCUUGUUAGUAUAACACAUCACUGAGGUGGUUUUUUUUAUUAUUCGUUAUGGUGUUUGAAAUAAUAAAUAGCUUUGAAUUGA